AGCUGGUUACUGAACUCUCCAUGUGGCAGACAGCACAGCUACAAUGCCUUCUCUGCUGCAUUAAAGAAAGCCUGCAGACAGCUCCAAAUUACAUAGGUGGCUUGUCAAACUUAAUCUAUUAGGACUGUAUAAAAGACAUUCUUUCUUACUGCUUGGAUUCAAUGGUCCAAAGCAAAAAUGCAGUUGCCAUUAAAGUCAGAGAUGAACAAACGUCUACACUGAUUUUUUAAAGAUCAAGAAUAAGGACAGCAAGUUUCUGGAGUCACUUUCCAACAGACACAAAAAGACACUACAUACAACUUCAUUUCAAAAUGAAGGCUUUUAUUUGGACUCUAAGUAUGCUAUUCUUUCUACUAAUGGGCACUGGACAUUGCAAAGGAGGACAGUUCAAAGUAAAAAAAGUAACCCAAAGGAGAUAUCCUCGUGCCACAGAUGGCAAAGAGGAAGCAAAGAAAUGUGCAUACACCUUUCUGGUACCUGAACAAAAAAUAACAGGGCCAAUCUGUGUCAACACCAAAGGUCAAGAUGCGGGUGCUAUUAAAGACAUGAUCACCAGGAUGGACCUUGAAAAUCUGAAGGAUGUGCUCUCUAGGCAGAAGCGAGAGAUAGAUGUUCUGCAGUUGGUGGUGGAUGUAGAUGGGAACAUUGUAAAUGAGGUCAAGUUGCUGAGAAAAGAAAGCCGUAACAUGAACUCUCGUGUUACUCAACUCUAUAUGCAACUAUUACAUGAAAUUAUCCGUAAGAGAGAUAACUCACUUGAACUUUCCCAGCUGGAAAAUAAAAUCCUCAAUGUCACCACAGAAAUGCUGAAGAUGGCAACAAGGUACAGGGAGUUAGAGGCAAAAUAUGCCUCCUUGACUGAUCUUGUCAACAACCAGUCUGUAAUGAUCACUUUGCUGGAAGAGCAGUGUUUGAGGAUAUUUUCCAGACAAGAAACCCACGUGUCUCCCCCUCUAGUCCAGGUAGUGCCACAACAUAUUCCCAGCAGUCACCAGGACACUCCUGGUUUGCUGGGAGGCAACGAGAUACAGAGGGACCCAGGUUAUCCCAGAGACUUAAUGCCACCACCUGACCUGGCAACUGCUCCUACCAAAAGCCCUUUCAAGAUGCCACCAGUAACAUUCAUCAAUGAAGGUCCAUUCAAAGACUGUCAUCACGCAAAAGAAGCAGGGCAUUCGGUCAGUGGGAUUUACAUGAUUAAACCUGACAACAGCAAUGCACCAAUGCAAUUAUGGUGUGAGAACAGUUUGGAUCCUGGGGGUUGGACUGUUAUCCAGAAAAGAACAGAUGGCUCUGUCAACUUCUUCAGAAAUUGGGAAAGUUAUAAGAAAGGGUUUGGAAACAUUGAUGGAGAGUACUGGCUUGGUCUGGAAAAUAUCUAUAUGCUUAGUAAUCAAGAUAAUUACAAGCUGUUGAUUGAAUUAGAAGACUGGAGUGAUAAAAAGGUCUAUGCUGAAUACAGUAGCUUUCGCCUGGAACCUGAAAGUGAAUUCUACAGACUGCGCCUGGGAACUUACCAGGGAAAUGCAGGGGACUCUAUGAUGUGGCAUAAUGGUAAACAAUUCACCACACUAGAUAGAGAUAAAGACAUGUAUGCAGGAAACUGUGCCCACUUUCAUAAAGGAGGCUGGUGGUAUAAUGCCUGUGCACAUUCUAACCUCAAUGGAGUAUGGUACAGAGGAGGUCAUUACAGAAGCAAGCACCAAGACGGAAUUUUUUGGGCAGAAUACAGAGGCGGGUCAUACUCCUUGAGAGCAGUUCAGAUGAUGAUCAAGCCUAUUGACUGAAGACAGACUGAAUUCAAAUGACCCAGAACUCUCUAUUCUUCUGUUUCCCAAAAUGUAAAUGUUACAUGUUUGUUACUUUGCACAAUAUAUUUCUGCAGAUACAGUUUGUGAAAGAUUUUUACCCUAACUAUGAGAUGGGAUCUAUGAACACAGCUUCAUUUUCCUUCAAUAUACUACAGAUGAUUAUUUGCAUAUAGGUCCUUGUUAUUUUAAAAAUUAUAUUGACUGAAUACAGGUAAAUGUAAAUAUAAGUAUUUGCCACAUAUAAAACAAAUCUUACCUUUAUUUUGAAUCAAAUCUGAAUACAUGCUCAAGAUACUUAAUGAUUUAUUUAAAAAUUAUGAGAUUGUUGUAACUUCCAAUGAACAAAUGAGUUUAAAAUUUCAGCCAACUAAUUAAUUUUAUUUAUAAAAAAUAUAUAGACAGGAAACUAAAGAGAAAUCUUCAGUUUUGCCACUAGAAAAUAUGUUUUUCCAUUGAAUAAAAGUAUACAUGAAAUUUCAAAUUAAA